GAUGAUGGCCAUGAUGGUGUCAAGAAAACAAGAAAGAAGCAACUAAUCGAUAAACAUUACUUGCUCGUGCCUGAUCUCAGUGUGAGCGAGGAAUUUCAUGUUGAAAAUAUGACCUCCCCCGGGACAAUAAAAAUGUCUCUUGUUGACAGUGUGGAUGAUUUAAAGAGCGCAAACAAAGCCACCGAAAAUGGCAAUAACGGCGGAAGUGAUGUGUUGUCGAAAACAAUGACAUUCAAAACAGCACCGGAUCUUGGCGCACAAAAUAUUUCCACUAGCAGCACACCAGCACCAACGUCUGCAUCCGCACCACACCAAAGAGCAAAUAUGGAAAACUCUACGACAGCCACACCCACGCUAAAACCAGUACACAAUGGCUACUUGGGUCCCAUUCUCAUGGAGGAGAUGCGGUUUACGGUNCCACAACAACACCAUGAGUCCACCAUAGAAUCACAACUGCGUGACGGCCGCAUUGUGGAGAUCCUUGCGCCCACCGCACUGGUGGAGCAAACCACUGCGGCGCCGGCGAUGACAUUGAAUAGAGCGGCGAAAAGCGAUCCAAUAAGCGCAACAACUUCAACGCCAGCGCCUGUUUCAACCACUUUUGUACACGUACCUUCGGAAAAGAGUACACCCAUGUUUUCUACGACUGUGUUCCAGGUUCCAGAGACAUUGAUCAGCACCACACGUCUGCCGUUGAGCACGAAAACCACGCACGGAGGUGAGGAAAAAACAUCAAAACUAUCGCAACAUAAGCAGAAGCAGCAACAGUCGCGAGCAUUUUCCAGCACUCCCAAGAGGUUGGGCGAUGAGCGAACGGAAUCGAAAAUAUCUGACAUUCAAGUGGAAGUCUACGACUCUACAGUGGACUCCAUUGUAUCAUCCACAAAUUUCAAGGAUAGCGACGGCUUUUACGCCCUACCACUGGAAGCUGAGGUGGAUGCAAAUGGCGGCACAACUAAGCCACCAGCUGCGCCGCAGGAACGCUUCACCCAAUAUGUAGUGGACAGGGCCGACUAUGCCACACAGGAGUCGAGUGUGGCCCCACAUUUAAGUGUGGCCUUCGGUAAGCCCGAGCCAGCAGCAAUCGAGAUACAUAUUAACGUAUCUGAGGGCAUCGGCAACGAGAGCGAAGAUUUAGAAUUUUCAUAUCGGCAGCCAGAUUACACAGGCAGCAGCUCAAGAACCAACCCCACAGAUGAACUGAUGGCCAAAACCGCUAAAGCUAUUUCGAUGAAGCCACUUUCUUCGGGCGGCAAUGAUUCCACCACUCGAGAAAACGUUCAACGUGGCGAUGAGAUUUUAGUUGUAGAGAUAAUCGAUACCGGUGACAAUAGCACUGAGGGUGCGAUUAGUGCUGAAAAUGCCAAUCCGAUAUUUACAUUUCGCUCGGAUUCCGAUUCGGAUAUUGAGCUGAAGGAUAUCAAAUACUUUCCACCUGAGGUCAAAGUGAAACCGCCUCAAAUGUCGGACGAACUCUUCUUGGCAGACCUAAAGCGAGAGAAUGCGCUGCCAAAACCACCUUUGCCCCCACCUCCUCCGCCGCGUAAACCCACCAUUGAUCGCGACUCGGACACAAUUUUUUACAUUUCCAACACCGAA